UUUUUAAGUUGAUAAAAAUGAGAAGACUCAAGUGCACUCCGCAUAAGAUCUCUUUCGGUCUUAUGAUUCGUUUGGAGAUGAGAAUUCCUUUGAGGCCCAUUUGGAAACAACUCCUCGGUUCACAAGUUACCAAGUAUUAUCCAGCAGGUGUUACAUAUUUCAAUCCAUGGAGACGUGGGUUUUCUUAUGGUGGAGGACAACAUCCUAUGGGACAUAGUUGGGUAGCUCCAGAAGCAGUACCAGCAGGUGAAGCUUUGAAAAAGUACGCUAGAGAUUUGACAGAAGCUGCAAAACAAGGAAAAUUGGAUCCUGUUAUUGGUAGAGAGGAGGAAAUUAGAAGAACUCUUCAGGUACUGUCAAGAAGGACCAAGAACAACCCAGUGUUGAUUGGUGAGCCAGGUGUUGGGAAAACAGCAGUAGUAGAAGGUUUAGCACAGCGAGUGGCAGUGGGAGACGUUCCUGAAAGUAUCAAGGAUAAGAGAGUGUUGGCGCUCGACUUGGGUGCAUUGGUCGCUGGAGCCAAGUUUCGCGGUGAAUUUGAAGAAAGAAUAAAAUCUGUUUUGAGAGAUAUAGAAAAUGAAAAGGGAAGAAUUAUCUUGUUUAUCGAUGAGCUUCAUACUUUGGUGGGUGCAGGUGCUGCAGAAGGUAGCGUGGAUGCUUCCAAUAUGAUGAAACCAGCACUAGCUAGAGGAGACUUGCAUUGUGUGGGUGCAACAACGUUAUCAGAAUAUCGCAAAUAUAUUGAAAAGGAUCCAGCAUUGGCUCGUCGGUUUCAGCCAGUGUUUGUUGCAGAACCUACUGUUGAGGAUACUAUCAAUAUAUUGCGAGGUUUGAAAAGUAGAUAUGAAGUUCAUCAUGGAGUACGUAUAACUGACCGUGCUUUGGUCACUGCAGCUUUAUAUGCCAAUCGAUAUAUGACAGAAAGAAAACUUCCAGAUUCUGCAAUAGAUUUGGUAGAUGAAGCAGCUAGUCGUUUGAAAAUGCAACAAGAAAGCAAACCAGAGCCUAUUGAUGACUUGGAUAGAGCUAUUAUGACGCUAAAGAUAGAAAUUGAAGCGUUGAGAAAGGAGUCGGAUGUGAAUAGCAAGAAACGAUUGGAACAAGCAGAGAAGGAAAUCGAAGAAAAGGAACGAAAGAGAGAUGAACUCAUUCGACAGUGGGAACAAGACAAAAGAGCAUUGAAUGAAGCCAAAGAAGCCAAAGCAAGGUUGGAGGCACUUCGAAGGGAGUUGGAUUUGGCACAAAGAGCUGGUAACUGGGAAAGAGCAAGCGAACUGAAAUAUUCCGUUAUUCCCAAUGUGGAAAGUAAAAUUCCAAAGGAAGGAGAUGGACAGCUGUCUACUUUAUUAGCAGAGGCUGUGACAGAAAAGGAUGUUCUUAAUGUUAUAUCCAAGUCUACCGGUAUUCCUAUUCAAAAUUUGCUAGUUGGAGAAAAGGAAAAGCUGUUGAAUAUGGAAAAUAAACUGAAAAGAAGAGUGGUUGGACAAGAUGAAGCAGUACAUGCAGUUGCCUCGGCAGUUAGAUUGGCUCGUGCCGGUUUCCAUUCUCAUGAACGACCUAUCGGUUCGUUUCUGUUUUUGGGACCAACAGGCGUCGGUAAAACAGAACUUUGUAAAGCUUUGGCGGAAUUCUUGUUCGAUGAUCCGAAUGCAAUGAUUCGUCUGGAUAUGUCAGAAUACUCGGAAAGGCAUUCUGUAGCUAGAAUGAUUGGAGCUCCUCCAGGUUAUGUUGGAUAUGAAGAAGGAGGGCAAUUAACAGAAGCUGUUCGAAGGCGACCUUAUCAAUUGAUAUUAUUUGAUGAGUUUGAAAAGGCUCACCGUGCUAUUAGUAACAUAUUAUUACAAGUGUUAGACGAUGGCCGCUUAACGGAUGGACAAGGCCGUCGAGUAGAUUUUCGAAAUACGAUUAUUGUAUUGACUUCCAACUUGGGUGCUCCUAUCUUGGCAUCCUUACCAGAAGGAGUUGCAUCGGUGGACGCCAAAGAAGAAGUUUUACAAGAAGUUCGUGCCUAUUUUUCACCAGAGUUCCUUAAUCGAUUGGACGAUAUUAUUUUAUUCAAUCGCCUCGAUAGACAAGCGAUGAGAGGAGUUGUAGAUGUACAGUUGCGUAGAUUAGAAAAGUUACUUAAAGAGAAUGAGCUUUCAUUGAAUAUGGACAAGGACGCCGUGGAUUGGUUAGCAGAAAGUGGUUAUGAUGCAGUAUAUGGAGCAAGGCCUUUGCGUCGCGUUAUUCAACGUCAAAUAUUGGAACCUUUAGCCAAGAUGAUGUUGGAAGGUUCCAUUCGAAUGGGAGAAACUGUUCAUAUUCAUGUGAAUGGAGAACAACGCAAUGCACUCGUUGUACAACCUAAUCACUCGCCAUCCUCAACAACCCAUAAGUAUCCUUCUUCAUCUUUGGAACAAGAGAAUGAAGUUUAAUUCCAAACGUGUUCCUCUAAAUGCGUUUGUAACAUGUGCCAAUGAAAGUAUUCAAAAUAAAUACCCCUCGGCUUUGUUGUAUGAGUAUUACAGUUGGAUGGUU